ACGUAGGCCUACGUAUGUACGUCGUGGUGGUGGGAAUCCGGCAGCAAGCGGUACCGAGAUCGCCGGGCUGGCCAGGGGGACGGGGGCGCGCCGCGCCCGUACGCUACGGUCAAAGUGUAUCUUUGCUACGGUACGCUGGCGCGGCGAUCCUGGGGGCGCAGACGCGACCUCAGAUGCAUCAGAGCUGGCGCUGUACUGUGAUACCGUAUAUGUGUACAGCUAGCUAGCUGUGUAGAAUACUGAAGUGAAGAGAGUUGUUUGUUAUCCCAUUACCGUUGCGUUGUGAUCGCUUGCCGAUAUAACUUGACCAGUUUUGCAUAAAUUUAGACGACUGGAGUGAGGUGACCUUGGAUGUGACGCACACAAGUUUUGCCAUCCAGCUCGGGAUCAUUCAACCUCAAGAAUUAGAAUCCUUUGACUGGAAUCCAUCUCUUCCCUGUGGUUCUUAUCACCAAUGUAACAAUGCCGAUGGAAGGGAACCUUAAGAAGGGAACCAAGCAGCGUUUAUCAAUACGUAGCAGGACACAGGAAGCAGACAUGCGUACACCCAGGAUGGCUGAAGAUGAGAGUAUUCUCCCUCCGGAGAUGCGUUCUCGAAUCUGGAAACUCUUCAGACAGAUUGAGAGAGAACUUGAAGGGAUGUAUGAAGAAAACAUUGCAUUGCAACAGAAAGUGGAGAUCUUGACUGAUAAGCUUGAUGCAAUUCAGUCUGGCAAGUCCUUCAGUGAGGCGGGAGCUAGUAUUGAUGGAGCAGAAAGCUCAUCUAAGCUUAGCGUCAAGAGUAAAGCUUCAAGUCAGCUAAGCCAGCUCAUACUAAAGCCCAAAGCCAAAGGAGCAGGUGGAAAGACUGUGUUUAGUUUCAAAGGUACAAGUAGCACUGGUUGUCAGCUGAUGCAUCAUUAUAAUGGACAUAGUGAUGGGGUAUGGGAAGUCAGCGUGUCAAGAGGGGAAGCCCCACUUCUUGCUACAGCUUCUGCAGAUCGCACAGCUCGUCUUUGGUGCAUAGAAACCCAUUCUUGUGUCCUGCAGUAUCUUGGCCAUCUUGGGUCAGUUAAUUCAGUCCGAUUCCAUCCAUCAGAACCACUCCUUCUUACAGCUUCUGGUGACAACACAGCUCAUGUGUGGAAAUCCAAUGUCAGUCUUCCUACCAUAGGACAGCAACCCGAAAGUAGGUCGUGUCCAUCAUCUGGAGAGGACAUAGAUGGUUCAGAUAAGGAAGAUAUCGACGGUCAGGAAAGCGAGAACAUUAUCUAUGUGAAGGCUCCUCAAGUUCUGCUGGAAGGCCAUACUAGUGUUCUUAUUGCAGCUGAUUGGUUAGCUGGGGGGAAACAACUUGUCACUGCUUCUUGGGAUAGAACAUCAAACCUGUAUGAUCUAGAAACUUCAGCAAUUGUACAUACGCUAACAGGGCAUGAUCAAGAAUUGACGCAUGCUUGUUCCCAUCCCUCUCAGAAGAUGGUUGUGACCUCAUCAAUGGAUACAACGUUUCGUCUUUGGGAUUUCAGGGAUCCAAGCAUACACUCAGUCAACGUAUUCCAGGGGCAUACAGACUCGGUGACAUCCGCAGCCUUUGCAUCAGGUGACAAGGUAGUGAGUGGUUCAGAUGACAGAACAGUGAAGGUGUGGGACUUGAAGAAUAUGAGAACACCACUUGCCAUGAUUAGAACAGAUUCUCCUGUCAACAGACUGUCUGUAUCACCUACAAGCAACAUUAUGGCUAUUCCUCAAGAUAAUAGGAACAUUAGACUGUACGAUUUGAAUGGUGUAAGAGUUGGUCGGCUACCACGGAGUAACAGACAGGGUCAUCAUCGAAUGGUGUGCUGUACAGCUUGGAAUGACGAGACUGCAUCAUGCAAUCUAUUCAGCUGUGGCUUCGAUCGUCAGGUUCUUGGUUGGCAUGUUGGAAUGAUACCCAGCUAGUGACUCCACCCACAGUCCAUUCAAGCCACCAAGCUUGUGACUUUGAUAGACCAUUUCAAGCCUAUGGUGAACAGGGUGCCCAGUGAUAUUUGUAGUAUUUAUAUUGUAUUUAUUGGGAAAAUGAAGCUUGUAAGCUGCUUUUUGAACAAUUAAGGUGUUGAAGGAUAUUUGUUGUACCUACCUGAUCCCAAAGAUACAAGAUGGCCACUUUACUAGAGUUUAUUGCUGCUUUGAUUCAUUUAUUUUGUAUUCAUCUGGAAAAAAAGAAGCUUAUAAACUUUUGUUUUGAACAAACAGGUUGUCCAAGGAUAUUUUUAGUACCUACCUGGGGACUCUUUCAUGAAAGUUGUCGGCACUAACAGGUUGUCUUUCUCUGACAGUUACCAUAGUAACAGUCAGAGGCCAGUGCUUCUCAGCCAAUCAAAAGCAAGGAUUUCACUAAAAUAGUCAGCAAUGACAAUUUAGUCAGUGCUGACAUCUUUCCUGAAACAUCCACCUGAUCCCAAAGAUACAAGAUGACUGGAUUACUAUAGUUGGUUUAUUCUUGUUUUGUUUAAGUUGAUUUGUAUUAAUUAGAAAGAUGAAAAUUGUAAACUACUUUCUGAAGACACAGGAUGUCCAAGGAUAUUUGUAGUACAUGCUUGAUCCCAAAGAUAAAAGAUGACCAGAUUCCAAGAGUUAGUUUAUUCUUACAUUCUUAGAUUAUUUUGGAUUCAUUAGGAAAAUGAAGCUUGUAAACUGCUUCUUGAACAAACAUUGGUGUCGCAUGCAUCUUUGUUUAUAACCUUGUUCAGAUCGUAAUUAACUGUACCACGUGCUGAGAGGUUUUAGUUGCUGUCAUGAAUUUAUGGUCACUGAUAUAGUAACUUUUAGAUGUGUCAUGGUCUGAUGGAUAAAUCAAAAUCAUUAGGUGUGGGGUUCAAAUCCUACCAAUGCAGCUCUGAUGCUCUGUUAUUGGCAAGAUAUUAAUUCAAUCAGGGUUGGGGUAAAUGUUAAUGUGGCAGAAAUUUGCUCCUUGAAAUGGGAUAGGAAUCCCACCUCUGGUGCCAAUGUCCUUUCGCAAGAUAUUGGUCAAAGUUUGUUGCCCUCAACCCAGGUUAGGUAGUUGGAUACAUGGUAGGAAUGGUUUCCGUGAAAUGUUGGUUUGAGUCCUGAUGCAGACCGCAAUGUCCUUCUGCCAGACAUUGGUGUACGUUUGUCAUCCCCAACCCAGGUAAGGUAUGAAUUGGAUACAUGGUAGGAGUUGUUGCCCAGAAAUGGGAUUAGAGUCCCGGUGCAGGCCUCAUUUUGCCAGACAUUGAUCUACAUUUGCCACCCUCAACCCAGGUGAGGUGAAUGGGCUCAGUGUAGGAAUAAAUCCUUGAAAUGGAGAUUGAAUCCCUUACAUUUUACAGUGAUCUAUGUUUGUUGACCUCACUCAAGGUGAGGUUAAAGUGAACAUGGUGGAAUACAUUCCUUGAAAUGCUACAAUGCCAUUUUUGGCAGCUAUGCUAAAUCUGGGUAAUGACUGUAGUGCUGGUGGAGUAGGCUAGUAGGAGUGUUGUAUCUCAUAAAGGUUUGAACUAAGUAAGAACCCAUUAUUAUUUAAAUUAUAAUUAUUUUGAAGCAGCUGCUAGGAUAGAAUGGAUACUCACCAUAUUCAUUUGUGCCAUGAAGAGAUUAGCAAUUAGAGAGAUUCGUUCCAUAUCAUUUGAGCCAUUCUUUGCCAAUUCUCUCAUAGAUCUAUAUCGAUAAUGCAUAUCAUUAUACCAGAUUGCAUCUUUUGUAUAUACUAAAAUAAUUCUUAAUCCUAACCUCUCAUGCAAAAUUUGUGACUGCACUUUAAUAUGUUGCACUAUGUUGCGACAUGGUUUACACAAGGGUUUCUUGUCAAAUCUUGGGCACUUUUUAUUCUUGACGAAUGAGAAACAGACAAAGGGUUGUGGGUCAUGGCCCUUUUUCUUGGCUAACAGUAAAAACAGAUAAAUGCUCUUUAUCUGUUGGUUUUCACUCACCUUUUCUCCCCCCCCCCCCCUCUGUCUCUCCUCCCUCUUUCUUUUCUGUAAUGUAUUUUUUUUUUCUUAAUACAUUCAUACUUUCUUCUUUCUUACUUUCUUUCUACCCUUCCCUCUUUCCUCCCUUGAAAGGAUUGGGAAGAAUCAAGUCCACAGCUGUUUGCUAUUUCAAUACCACUCUUCAAACAAUGAAUAUAAGCUUCGUUCAUUAAAUCAAGUAGGGUCUUUAUUUUCAUAUUCUCAGGUUUUAACUGCAAUGUGAAUCAAUACUAUUAUACAUAGGUUUUAUGUAAUCUAUUUUAUGUGCUACAAUUUCCCAUAAUUUUUUUCUUUGACAUAUUGUUAUUUGAGAUUGGACAUGAUUUGUUAUCAUGCAUAUGUUUUGAGGCACAGAACUUAUAUCAUCAGAAGAAAAACUUUACUUUUUCAUUUUUUUAAUGCAAAUGAGGUAUGAGGAAAUCAUGAAGAUGAUAAUUUUAGUUUAUGCCCCUUAAAGGUAAAAGACUAAAGUUGCAGCAAAGAAUUAUUUUAUGAGAAAGUCUUUUAAAUCAAGGUUUUGUAAAAUUAUUAUCAUUAUUAUUAUUCGUUUGUAAAAUUAUUAUCAUACAUCUAGAUCUGGUACAUUAAUGUAAACUUGUCUUUGUAAAAUCAUGAAAUCUUAGCUCAAAAUCGAUAAUUCUGAUCAUCACUAACGCGGAAAAGCAUGUGUGGGACAAUGUAUUAAUAUUGUUUUGAAAAAUACUCGACAUGUGAUGGAAUUCCGUGCUUAUUUUGCUCAUUUCUCAGCAAGUACGCAUUUUCUUCAAGAGCUAUUUGGCACAUAUGUGUUUUAUUUAUACAUACAAACACUUUUGUGGUUAUUUCAUUGGAUUCUGUUCAGACCCAUUUUGAGAUCAUUACCACAACUGGUAUUUAUCUUAAAAACAAAAUAUAAAAUUACAUUCAUUCAGUUGUACUUUGUUUAGUGUUAGAUAAGAAAAAAGGAAGAAAAUGAUAUUUCAAUAUUUUUUAACCAUGAUAGCGUUAUUGAUCUUAUAUUUAUUAGAAUUAUUUGUAUCUAGUAUAACAUUUAGUGUUUUCCUUUAAGAUUUGAUGAUAUAAUUUAAUCAAUAUCAGUAAGUAAAAUGAAAUAUUUGCAUUUGUCAUAUUGGUGUAGAAUAGUUUAUUUAUGUGGAUAUGUACAUAAAAGUUUAAUAUCUGCUAAAUUCGUUCAUUUUGAAUGUUGCCAUUAUAAGUAUGGCAUUUUGAUAAUGUUAACAUUGUAUACAAUAUAUACAUUGUUUCUACACAUUUUGUAAAAUAAUUGGAUGAACUAUGGAUUUGUGCUUACUUGUGUACUUUAUUCACAUUUCAUUCAAUCAACCAUUUAUUGAUUUAAAUAUCUGGUGCUGAAAUGACAAGUUAAUUGGCUUGGUAAUUGAUAUCUUUGUUUCUGUGUUUUUUAGGUUGUAAGUGACUUAAGUAUUUCACAAGUUUGUUCUCAUGUCAAUUUUUUUUUCAAGAAUAUUUGCUUUUUGUACAUGUAUGACUGAUAUGGGUAGUUGAAAAUAAUUUAUAUUUUAAUGUACCCAUUUACAAGAGAGGGUAUAAUUUUUGCAGGUCGGCAUGAUAUAUUUUUGAUGGAAAGCUUUAAAAAAUAUGUGAGAAGACAUUUACAAAAAAGUCUUUACAAAAUUGUGUCCAUUCAAGAACACCAGUAUCACUCGUUUGAUGAUGACAUUCUAAAGGAAUUUCUAUAACAAAAAUGCAUCUAUGAAAUCAAGGUUUUGAUGUAACCAAUUUGCCGGUAAUGAAGAAAAGUAGAUACAAACAAACAAAUCAUAUUUCUCCUUGUUUGGAGUUGAUUUGGGAAGACUUAGAUUGAUACUCAAGUCUUAAAUAUUUAACCUUUACCUCUUUCGUCUGUGUAGUCAAAUAAUUGAACAGCCUAUGUGAUUAAUGGGAGCAUACCUUCAUAAAGAUCAAUGUGGAAAUGUUGUAUAACUCUUAGAUUCCAGGAAAUGUUAGGUCUUUGCGAUUUAUGGGGUCAGUAACAAUUGGGGACUGCCUCAAGUAAUAAAAAACUAUAUUUUUGUAAGUUUAUUUUCGUCAAAUGUUGAAAGCAAGGAUCAUGCAGCCAUGCUAGGGUUUUGUGUGUAAUCAUAUUAAUAGUUGAUUAGAUUGUAAAAUUUUGUUGAUUUUUGUGCAACAUUUGGUUAGAACUGUUUAAGAAAAAGGUUAUGUCAUUUUGUGAUUUUUUGUUUUUAAUUAUUUCUCUACAGGCUUUCUGGUCAGUAAUUUAUGAUUGUAUUACGUGCAUAGUUAUAUACAGUAAUGGAACCUGUGUUAGGAAGGGUUUUUCAGAGUUUAGUAGUAUUUAUCUUUUAUUGAAAAGGACCAAUAAGCCUUAUAAUGUGUAAAUGUCCAGAUUGUGCAAUUUUACAUUUAACCAGAAUUGUUUAUGUAAUAGUAGGAUGCUUUGUAUUUUUUGGUAUACCAAACAUUUUUUUUUUCAAAAUAUUUAUAAGAGAAAAAUAUUCUUGAUUAGUCAAUUCAUUAACAAAUCCUUAAAUAGUUUCUUCUAUUGAUUUGAACAGAGGAACUUUUCAGAGACCCAUGACUACAUUUUAAUGUGAAUAUCUGCCUACCACAUAAAGACAUGUUGAACCACUUUUAU